UCGAAAAUUCUAACAGGAAUAUGCUUCCGUCCAAAUCAUCAUAUGCUUCAACUGACGAUCCCACUUGUCACCAUGCUGCAGUUCUUUUGCCACCAGCCAACCAGUGCCAAUACAUCACCAACCAGAAACCACCUUCUCUCCCCGAGAUUCAGCAUGAACCAAAACAACAGUAGGCCGAGAGAACGAAAGCGCGCGCCUUAUCACGAGGCGUUCAUUUCAUUGCCCAACACCAACCAUCGCAUCGCAGAACCAGGAUGACGAUGGCUCCUUCGAUGGAUGAACCGCGCUCUCCUUCAAUCGUUGAACCACAUCGAAUGGCCACCACCACGGCAGCAACCAUCCAUCCAGUGAGAGAGCCCGUCAUCGUCAUUCGCUCCUUCGCACAGCAGCGCGCUGAACGCGUUUCAAAUUCGGGAAAAUGUGCAAUUGAACGGCAGUGUGUAACCAGCAUAGAGCAUAGUGUUCCUCUGAUCAGAAAUUACUCCCCAACGGCGUGUGUGUCCUCCUAAUUUGGGGCCGGAUUCUGAGGUCUCAGUGACCCCCGGAGUGGUGUCGUCCUCGGUUACACUACAGGAAGCGGUCCAAGCUGGAAUUGAACUCCAUUAUGUUCCCAUUCUCCUCGCUGCAAGUCGAGUACAGCAACUUCCACCGUUCGUCGCAAAUCAUGUCCAACGCACUGAGCAUGACCAACUCCGGCUUCCCCCACUCGUGGAUCGUGUCCGGGCAGGACUUCUGCCCGAUCACCUACUCGUCGAUCCAGUCGCACAACUCGGCCGUCUCGAACAAUCUGGCGACGGUGGAACCGGGACUGAUCGAGUUGCGCAAAGAGAAAUCCCGCGACGCCGCUCGAUCGCGUCGCGGCAAGGAGAACUAUGAGUUCUACGAGUUGGCCAAGAUGUUGCCGCUGCCGGCGGCUAUUACGAGUCAGCUGGACAAGGCAUCCAUCAUCCGGCUGACGAUCAGUUACCUUAAGCUUAAGGAGUUUAGCGAGAAUGGGGUUCCCUCGUGGAACAAGGAACCGAUCGGUUUCCAGAACUACACGUCGCCACAAUAUUUUAAUGAAAUGUUCGAGACACAUCUGGGAACGCACAUCCUCCAAUCGCUGGACGGGUUUGCCGUUUCUACGGGUGUUGACGGACGAUUUCUGUACAUCUCGGAAACGGUUUCCAUCUACCUGGGUCUAUCGCAGGUGGAGAUGACCGGCAGUAGUAUCUUCGAUUACAUUCACAAAGGCGAUCAUGCCGAGGUAGAACAACAGUUGGGCGUCAAAAAGAACUCCGACUACUAUAGUGGAUACUCGGACGAACCGCCGGAGAAGACGGUACUGAAGAUCGUCAAGGACAGUAAACCUCUUCCUGGAGAGACCUACGAGGGAGACGAUCGAGCAUUCUGCGUACGGAUGAAGUCAACGCUGACGAAACGGGGUUGCCAUUUCAAAUCGUCCGGCUACAGGGUGAUCCUGCUGUUGUGUCACCUACGGAAGAAGAACAACUCCACGGACGAGCAUAGCGAAAAGCAAACUGUGAUCGGGAUGGUUGGCAUUGGGAUCGCUCUGCCACCGCCUUCGCUGCACGAGAUCAAACUGGAAUCCGAUAUGUUUGUGUUCCGGACCAGUUUGGAUCUGACGAUCAUCCAUUGCGAAAACAGAAUUUCCAGCUUUCUGGACUACACAGCCGACGAACUGAACGGUAAGAGCGUUUAUACGCUCUGUCACGGCCAGGAUGCACCGAAGUUGAAGAAAAGUCACAGUGAACUAAUCCAAAAAGGUCAAGUGCUGACCCCGUUCUACCGAAUCCUGAACAAGAACUCCGGCUACUUCUGGAUCCAGACCUGCUGCACGAUGGUCUGCCAGACGAAGAACAUGAGCGAUCAGACCGUGAUCUGCGUCAACUACAUCAUCACCCGUCCGGAGAAGGAGAACCUGAUCCUGGACAUCUCGCAAAUGCCAAAUGUUAACCACAACGAUUACCACAUCGGGAGCAAAAGUGUGGCCGCAGCUGCUGCCAAACGAGCGGCGGCCGCUGCCAGCAUGGAGUACGAGAUGGAAGUCAAGGACAAGUACGGCGAGUUAGCUGGAAGCCAGUCGGAUGCGUACUUGGACGGUCACGUGGACCAUAAGGAACUGAUCGACAAAUCGCCACACAAGGCGAUGGGGCUGGGGAUGUUCGACAAGAAGGAAUCGCUAGACUUCAAGGACAAACAUAUGGACCGGGAAAAGGGAUGCAGCAAUAGUAAACAACAGCGACUCAAAGCGGGCAGCCCCAUGAUGAACAUGUCGGUCAACGAGAACCAGGGAAUCGAUAAGAAGUCCUCCAAUGGGAAGAAGAACAUCUCCAACCGAGCGAGCGUUAUUCGGGUGCUAAACAAGACGUCAUCGAAGAAAAUCCUUCAGGAGAAUCAUUGAAGAGCUUUUAUCAAAAGGCAACUUGCGACAUUCCGACUCUGAAUUUCACUACAUAACUUCUACAACUAUCAGUGCUAUGCCGCUUGAGAACACACAAUACUCGAGACUAUUUAUUGCUUCUGCGAUCGUCUUCUCUUUGUAGGAAAAAUACUCAUGUCAAACCAACAAGCAUUGUUACAUAAAACAAAACCCUCCCUUUUGCAAUCGUCGUCGUACUACUACAUAUUAAUGCCAAGUAACCAGUGUCAGUAUAAUUAUGUAAUGUUAGCAAUCAUACCAACUAGUAACUGUAACUAUAUUAUUAUUAAGUUAGUAAAGAAUGUGAAUGAACCAUCCGCGGUGGAUAAUAAAUGCAAAAGUAUUAUGUUUUAGUUUCAUUAGA